GGGGGACACGGAGGGCAGGGUGGGGACAAGGAGGGCAGGGAGGACACGAACCUGGGGCGGUGCGCGGCGGGGGGAGCCUGGGCUGCCCGCCCGGCUCCCACUGUCAGUCCAGGCAGGCGGCGGAAGCCCCGCUGAGUCACGGCGGGGGCGGUUCCGCCCGCUGAAAAACGCGGUCCGAGGUUCUGCCGGGCAGAGGGUGGCUCUGAAUUCCCCUCCCUCUUUCUCUGCUCUCUCCUCUGCUCCGGCACCGGCACACACCGCACCGUCGGGCCCCGGCGUGGGACGCGCCCGCGGCGAGCAGCUGCUGCCGGCAGCCCGUGCCCGCCUCGCCCAUGGCGGGGCCGCGGGACCCCGCGGAGCGCUGCUCCUGCCGCAACACCAACUGCGUGGAGCGGCCGCUGCGCCGGCUCUUCGAAGGGCUGGCGAGCGCCGUGGCCGCCUGCCCCUGGCCCUUCGUGCUGGUGCCGCUGCUGCUGUCGGGCGGGCUGGGCGCCGGCUUCCUCUUCCUACCGCGGCGGCAGGCGAACGACAUCGAGGGGCAGUUCACGCCGACGUGGGGGCCCGCCAAGGCCGAGCGCGACUUCGUGCGGCGGCACUUCCCCACCGACGACUCGGAGCGCUUCUCCGCCCCGCGGCUGCCCACCGAGGGCGCCUACGCCGCCCUCAUCGCUGUGGCGACGAACGGGACCUCGGUCCUGGAGCCGGCGGCGUGGGCAGAGGUGCUGCGGCUGAACGCCGCCGUGCACGACGCCGAGUACGAGCGGCUCUGCGCCCGCACCGCCGGCGUCUGUGCCAGCCCCAACCCGCUGCUGUCGCGGCGGGGCGAUGCGGGACCGCCCGCCCCGGGGAGCCUCCGCUUCCCCGUCAACGGCAGCGUCUUCCUGGGCGCCGCGCUGGGCGGCGUGGAGACGGACGGCGGGCGGGUGCUCAGGGCGAGGGCCCUGAAGCUGGUGUAUUACCUGCGGGAGGACGGCCCCGAGGCGCAGGACAGCCGGCAGUGGCUGGAGAGCUUCCUGCAGAGCAUCACUUCCAAAGUGGCGGAGCUGCGCCUCGGCUCCGUUCAGGUGACUUAUUUUACCUCACUGUCCAGACAACAGGAGUUUGAAGGAAAUACCAAGAGUGUGAUCCCGCUCUUCUCCGUGACAUAUUUCUUAACAAUAAGCUUUGCAGUCAUCUCUUGCCUAAGGUAAAAUGUCUCUAAGCCAUGGCUCAAUGAGCAGUGACCUCUGCUUUUCUUUACCUCCAUCAGCCAGUUUCUGCUCUUGUCAAGUGAAGGCAUUCUUGAAGCUGCAGAAUUUCUGUGACAUUUUAUAGGCAAAAUGUAUUUCUUUGCCUUUUAUUGUCUAUGUAUGUGUAUCUCCCAGCUGCUUAGAUGGUAGAUGACAACUUGAACAAGAGUUCAGUACUUUGUUAAGGUUCAGGUGGAUGAGCAGUAGCUUCAAAGAUUCCUGCAAGUCUGGGUACAGCCUUAGUUGUUUCGCCUGUUAGUAGUCAGAGCUUUAACUGCUGGCCACAGAGAAC